AUGGAAGCAGAUUUCGUACAUUUACUGGCAGAGUGGCUAAUAACCUGGCAAGGACAGGGAAUUGACGGUUUUUACGAGACAGGAAUAUGGGCAGAUAUGAAAAAUAUGGUGCACCAGUUUCUUAGCUAUAUGGAGAACGAUGCUGGAAUAUAUUCGACAUCGUGUAAUGAUAAAGGAUGGUGGAAGGAACGAAACACAAAUUGGCAUAAUGCUGACGACAAAGUUGUAUGCAAAAUGAUGGUGCCGGCAUUAUUUUUCAUGAAUGGCUGGGGGACGAGUGCAGACGGGGGAUACGAUGCUUCGGCCGUAGGAACCCCAUUACACACAUAUAUACGGUGUAUAAUCGUGAAUGUAUUUAUGUUCCAGUUAAUGAAAGCCAACUGUGGCAGAAAUCACGGUAUACGACAGGCCUUGCAUAUAUUUGAACCCUUUAUGGCCAGUGUGCCUAAUGCUGUGAAUCCUAAAAUGUGUACCUGGGUGGUUAGUAAUGAGCUGAAAGUAGGAGGAAGAGUAAUAGGCGCACAAUUUGAUGACUGGAUAAUGGGGAAUGAAAAAAUGAAGGCCAAGAUGAACAAGUUACAGCAACGUGUAAAAUGCAACAGACCGGGGACACAGACAUCAGACAAUGGCCAGGCAAGUAUAGAAUUAUUGAAACCAGGACCCUUGAGGGCAGCAAUGGAGAAAGGAAUGACGCCUAUAUUAAAGAAAGUACGGAAGAAAGUAGGGGGCGUAUGGGGGGAAGGUGCUGCCGACGACGAUGAUGAGGACGACGAUGAUGAUGAUGAGGAUGAUGACGAAGAAGACGACGAAGAUGAGGAUGAGGAUGCAGAACAGGAGGACGCGAAUGGUAAGAAGAGUAAAGGAACAAAGUGCUAA